CCUAUCAUUACAGAUAUAUAUCUUGUUAUUUUCUUCUUUCGAAUUCAUCCUUUAGUACCUUUAUCUUAGGGUUAAAACAUUUGUAGAACGUUAGGAUCUAUGUCCUCUCUUACUCUCAUGGAUGGUGAAACUUAGACAUGUUACUAUGUGUUUCAAGCAGGUACAAAAAGGUUCUUGGAUUUGGAGUUAACCAAAGAUCAUAUAAAAUGGAACAAGGAGAUCAUCAACAGCAGAAGAAAGAAGAAGAAGCUUUGCCGCCGGGUUUCAGAUUUCAUCCAACUGAUGAGGAGCUAAUCUCAUACUACUUGGUUAAUAAGAUCGCCGAUCAAAACUUCACCGGGAAAGCAAUCGCCGACGUUGAUCUCAACAAGUCCGAGCCAUGGGAGCUUCCUGAGAAGGCGAAAAUGGGCGGAAAAGAAUGGUACUUUUUUAGCCUCCGAGACCGGAAGUACCCGACGGGAGUGAGGACGAAUAGAGCAACGAAUACAGGAUAUUGGAAAACCACAGGAAAAGACAAAGAGAUAUUCAAUAGCACAACCUCGGAGUUGGUCGGGAUGAAGAAGACUUUGGUCUUUUACAGAGGACGAGCUCCUCGUGGGGAGAAGACUAGUUGGGUCAUGCAUGAGUAUCGACUUCACUCUAAGUCUUCCUAUAGAACCUCCAAGCAAGACGAGUGGGUAGUGUGUAGAGUGUUCAAGAAAACAGAAGCAACCAAGAAAUACAUAAGCAGCAGUAGCAGUAGCACAAGUCAUCAUAACCAUAACCACAAUCACACAAGAGCCUCAAUACUCUCAUCAACCAACAACAACAACACUAAUUACUCAUCAGACCUCCUUCAACUCCCACCGCAUCUACAACCACACCCGAGCCUCAAUAUCAACCAAUCCCUCAUGGCUAAUGCGGUUCACCUAGCCGAGCUCUCUAGAGUCUUCCGUGCCUCCACAAGCACCAACAUGGACUCUGCUCAUCAGCAGCUAAUGAACUACACCCACAUGCCUGUCUCAGGGCUCAGUCUCAACCUUGGUGGUGCACUGGUCCAGCCGCCUCCUGUUGUGUCACUCGAGGAUGUUGCCGCGGUUAGUGCUUCGUUCAAUGGGGGAAACGGGUUUGGAAAUGUGGAGAUGAGCCAGUGCAUGGACUUGGAUGGAUACUGGCCAUCUUAUUGAUUGGUAAUUGUCAGUUUAUGUUAUGGUUUUUAUAUUGUUUGCAGGAGGAAGAAAAUUCCAUUUACUUGUUGGUAAAACUUUUUUUUGGUUGUUUUUUUCUUUAUUAUUGCAUUUGUUUACCUAUUCUAGGAAAAUGUUAAGAAUCGAAGACUAGUCAAACCAAUUAUGGUCUGGCUCUAUGAUUUUUAGUUACAAAUAAAAUAAAAGCUGUAACAAUUCCCAAUUUGAUUUCGAUUUUUGAGAAAUAGUUUUCAACAAGACAAAAGACAAAAGUGAUAGUUUUUUUAAAGAGUAAUGAAGCAAGUACCAAAUCUAUCCACAUGAAUCACAAAAUACACAAAACAAGCCCUUACUAGAUUUUCCUCUGGAUGUCUAAUCUUCUCUGUAAAAAGACUGAAAACUUUAUAUUCAAAAGGCAUCUCAAAAACGGAGAGAGUGAAGAACA